AUGCUCACGUCCAAUACUGCCCUACGGCUUCAGCAGUCUCCUACCUAUGCUACUAUUGCUCCCCACCUUCGUUCGACAUGGCUAAAGCACUGCUUACAGCAAGACGAGGCGUGGCUUGAUAUGCCGAAGACAGGUGAGGUGUUUAAGACUGCGGAUGACUGUCUCCGGAGACUUAAUACGUAUGGCUUCGCUGCGGGGUGCCUCUUCGUGACGUUUCGCUCAGUGAAAGGUGUGUCUGCGACCUAUAAGUGCUCUCAUCACUCUGAGAUUACUGCAAAUAAGCGAGGGCUAGAUCCUCGAGUCGUGAGAGAGACAGACUCUGGCAAAGUCAUUAGUAAUCGUCAGAGGGAUCGAAACGACGCCAGAUACGGUUGCGAAUUGUCCUACUUUGUGUCCUAUCGCAAGAUGAACAGGCAUGAUGAUGACAAGCAGUGGAUUGGGAGGUGGAUUCGCGAUACUCAUACUGGCCAUUCAUUUCCAAUAUCCCCAUUCGCAUAUAGUGUCCACAAGCAAUCUAUCGAUAACUACAAGGCUCUUCUCACUACUGCUCGCGAGUAUAAGACCCAAGGUUUGGCCUAUUCUGACGCUCGGAAGCUACUGAAAGAAGAGGCAACAGGGCUAGUAAUAAAAAGGCGAGAUUACUACAAUUUAGUGAGGCUAUGUCCCCAGGAUAUCAAGGACCAUGAUGACACUAUCACCGCAUUGCUUCGAGCGCUAGAAGACCGCGGGUUCAAGUAUCGGCUACGUACAGAAGACACGAUUGAAGCCGAAGUCGUUAUCGCUCGCAAACUAGUCCAAAUCUUCUUCUACUGCGAGCAGGCAGUGCCUUUCGCCCAGCGAUUCACCUCCAAUGCAGUGCUCAUUGUUGAUGGCACCUUCAGAACCAAUAAGCUAAAGUUUCCUCUGCUAGUUGCCGUUGGCAAGACCAAUACAAAUAGGACCAUGCCAGUGGCCUUCUCAUACGCCCCUAGCGAGUCUGCUGAGUCACUUACCUUCUUCUUUGACUGUAUGCGUACAGAAUUCUACUACAACGGGGUCUGCGAGCCAGCAGUAGUUAUCGUCGACCACUCUUCUGGAAUGAUUAGCGCGUACGAUACUCACAAGGCCUUACCUCAGUCGCAGCUUCAGACUUGCUCCUGGCACGUGCAAAACGCGAUGAUACGUUGGUUCAGCGAUCAUCAGUAUACGAGGGAGGAUAUCGACGGCGACGAGAGUAAGGGAGUAGCCGGAUUAAGACAAUUGAUCAAGAACUAUGUCUAUUCCUAUACAUUUGAAGACCUUGAAGCGAAUAGGACAUUAUUAAUCAACUCUCUACAGCCAGAAGACCGUCAGUACAUCGCCGACAACUGGCAAACAAAGGAGUCUCGAUUUGUCGUCGCCUAUACCAAGCAGUAUGCUAACCUUGGAUGUCGAGCAAGCCAGACCGUUGAGUCUCAAAAUAGGCUCAUUCAUCAGGUCACCCAUGGCCACAUGAGUAUUGCAGCGUCUGCCGCAGGCAUUGCCGACUGGAAUCGAGACUUCUACAAUGAGAUGAUGGAAGAGGAGGAUCGGUCGACAACAGAGAAGGCUGUAGGUAUUGACCGACACGCAUUCCAACUCCUUACCGGCGCAAUCAGCUUAUACGCAAUAUCCUUGGUUGACCAGCAAUGGAUUAAGCUCAAAAAGCUUGUUGGUGACGAACAGCAAGAACGCGACUCACAGCGAGCACAACGUGAAGCAAACGCCCAGUCUCGAGACGAUAAGAUACUAUCACAGCGACGGCCAAGCCAGGGCAGUACUAUCGUCGUGAAUGUCGAUCGGGGCGAUAUGCAGCUUACGGUGAUAGUAUCAUCAUCAUCUGGGGCUGCUUCUGAGGCAUAG